AUGUUACAGAUCGUGUGUGUGUGUGUGUUGCCACGGUAACGGCGUUCAACCCAAGCUUCAGGUAAAGUGCGUGCAAGAAACUUCCCCCGACAUCAGAGAAUGAUCCAGAAAGGUCUCCAGACGGUGAUAGUGAAACCAGCGAAUUCGAGAGAUACGUCAUUGCGCAGGAGAACGAGGAAACAUUUUGCCCUGUCAUAUUUAGCUACCGAUUGAACUCAAUAUCCAACAGCACAUUGUGACGAAUACUGCCUUUCUGGAGCGGAAAGAACUAGAUCGCAAGAGAUGCAGCCAGCAACAGCAAAGUGGUAUGACAGAAGGGACUCAGUGUUCAUUGAGUUCCUGGUAGAAGACAGCAAAGAUCUUCAAGUAAAGUUUGAAAAAUCUAAACUUGAUUUUCGUUGUGUUGGCGGGAUUGAAAACCUCAAACACCAAAAUGAAUUGGACCUUUUUGACUCAAUUGACCCCAAUGAGUCCAAGCACAAACGUACGGACAGGUCUGUGUUGUGUUGUCUAAAGAAAGCAAAGGCAGGUAUUGCAUGGCCACGGUUAACGAAGGACAAGGCAAAGUUUCAAUGGCUGGGUGUCGACUUCAACAACUGGAAAGACUGGGAAGAUGAUUCUGAUGAGGAUCUGUCCAGUUUCGACAAGUUCUCAGAGAUGAUGAACACGAUGGGAGGAGAAGACGGUAUGCCAGAUCUGGGCAUGGGUGGUAUGGAAGGUCUAAAAGAGCACGACAGUGAUGAUGAAAAGAUGCCAGACUUGGAGUAAUGGGAGCAUAAAGGAAGUUCUGUAACCGAUGACAACAAGGAAGUAAAGCCUCCAAAGGUCGGUUGAAGAGAAAGAUUAGAGAUGAGUUAUUGGUAGCCAUAUUUGAAAGGAGGAAACGUCACCCGUUUUCCAAACACAUCACAGGAAACUCGCUGACGAAAGACUGUCUGUCGUAACAUGACACCAGAGCAUUCUUCAGCCACUGUCCUAGGUGUGGUGCUGUUCUAAUUCUGCAUGGAAAAUUCAGUUGUUUCCAUGACGUGUUGUUGUGGGGUUUAGUUAUAUUGUCCUUUAACUUAACCAGGGGCCACGUUGUGGAACAUUUAGAUUGAAAUACGUAAUGUGGAUCAAACACGCCUCUGACAUGUAGAAUUAAGGAAUCAUGUCGGUUCUAUUCAUGCUAUUUCUAUCUGCAACGUUUGACAAUGUUUGCCUGCUGAAUGUUGCCCUGCUCUGAUGGGAUAAUAUCUUAGUUACACCCCACCUCUCCCUUUUUUAUUUAAUAAUGUCUGUGAGGUUACGUAUUGAAUUUAGACAUAUUUGUGAAUUCUAAAUGAGGGAUAAAAACAGGUUUCAAAACAACCGCCUAUUUUCAAUAAAGUAGUUUCUUUUUUAAAUUAAAAUGCCCCAUUUUAUUGUUCAUACUGUUCAUUUUGUUUGAUUGAUUUUCCUUAAUGUAUCUAUAGUUUUAACUCAAAGCAAAUAUUUUCCCAGUGUACAUUAACGUGCAAAUAUUACAGGUAAUAGUGCAUUCAUUGAUUUUAAAUAUUGAGGUAUUUAAAUGAAUAUGCAUGUUAAACUUAUUUUACAGUAUAACAUAAGUUAUAAUGGUACAACCUUUCCAUGCAAUUGCAUUUUGCGAGGAUGUUUUUUCUUUAGUAUAUAUCAGUGUAAAUACUGAACAUUUUCAAAGGAUACACCGGUAGUUUACUUCAAUGCAGUGGUCGUUGGACAUUUUGUAUCCAACAAAAGUGUAGGAGCAGAUAUCAAAAAUAUGAUUUAUUCUAUUUUCAAAGGGGUGCAGAAACAUAACAAAAAUAUAACUUGUCAAUAAAUUACCUAAUUUAAUUUGCAAGUGUUAAAGCAAAUGCACUACUAUGUUUCGGCAACCUUUUGUUUUUGCAGAUCAGGUUAAAUAAAUUUCAGUUUGUUAAAUGCAGUGGGAAUUUUUAUUUCCGUAUUUCUAAUAAACUGUCUGAGACUAAGUUGAUGUUUGGAGGUUGUCCGGUUAAAUACAGUGUCUCUUGCUACUUAAAGUGAGAAUAACAUGUCUCCUAUAGAGGGUAUGAACAAAGAUUCAUUUUUUAUUUCAGCAGUUGUCACUUAAAUGCUGAUACAUCCUCUGGCCACCUGGUAGUGCUGAUGGUCUACCAUGGCUACAAACCCACAUAUAGGCUAUUGAGAGAAUCUAUUCAGAUUAGGAACCAUCAUAGCAAUAUUAUGUGCUGCCAGUCUAGGAUACCUUACCUUUUGGACAGUCCCACUUGAAGUUUUCAUUUUCCUCAAUAAAAUUAUUUCAUGUUGGGUCAGUAUAGGAGCAUGCUAAAUGCCACAACUGUGUGCCAUUCAGAGAGACUAAUAUGAGACUUUAGUAAACACUAACACACACUAAUUGGGGUCUUAAUGUUGGUAACAGUUUGUAAUAUUCUCCUUAUCGAAGAUGUAUGCACAAACCAUUAAUUGCAAGUCCAUUUUUAUUUACAUAAAUUCAAUCCCUGUUGGAGUUAAUAAAUAUCAGAUUUAUAUUGGGGUUAGAUUUUACAAUUGGGUUAGAAAUAAUGUAUAUUCGGUUAAAGGGGAUUGGAGCCAAGUGAGUUUAUAUUAUUAUUACCCUAAAUGAACGCUCUGUAAUAUUGUAUGUCAUUGAGACCAGUAGUGACAGUGCCCAUCAUUUACCAACAGAAAUAUGAGCAUCUUAAUGAAAGAUAUUUGUGUAAUAAUGAGAGUUUUGUGAAAAUAAAGAUCUAAAACACC